AUGGCUCGACGAAAUAAAUCCAAAUCUCAUCUACGGAAUAAGCGAGGAUUCCGCAAGACGCAGCAUGCAAACGACAAUGACGAGUUCAAACGUAUCUGUAAAAUUAACGAAGCAUUGCGUACCCGUCACUUGUCCCUGCUACGUGAAUUGGCUCGAGAAAAAGGCGGAUUCGUCAAUGACGCUCUUCGCCGUCGUGUGUGGCCAGUACUAUUGAAAUGUUCUGAAACGGAGGUUGAUUUGAAGGAGCAUACUGAAAAGCAUAGAAAUGAAGCCCAAGUAGAUUUGGACACACCAAGAUCACUCAAUACAUUUCCUCAAGGUGUCUCGGAGGAGCGCAGGAACCAACUUCAGCAAGAAUUGAAUCGUGUGAUUGUUCGCGUCUUGCGAUCCCAUCCGAACCUACACUACUACCAAGGCUUUCAUGACAUUUGUGCCGUAUUCUUACUGAUCUUUGAACCGGUUAUCCGAGAAUUGACGAUGCUGGAUACACUUUUGAAAGAGGAGGAUGCCGAACUAUACCACCAUCUCAACGAUGCGUCCGUGUUGCCAUAUUACUGUACAAGCUGGGUCAUUACUUGGUUCAGUCAUGAUCUCAAUGCAUUGGAUUCCAUCACUCGAUUGUUUGAUCUGUUUCUGUCAGCCAAUCCAGUGAUGCCACUGUACGUUUCGGCGGCCGUGGUGUUGUAUCGCCGUAACGCCGUCCUGGAACAACCGUGCGAAAUGAGCGAGUUACACAGCUUUCUGUCCAAAAUACCACAAGACCUCGACAUUGAAGAAAUCAUCAGGCUGGCGGUUGAUUUGGAAAUCAAAUAUACCCCACUGAUGAUCCAAAUCGAAAGCGGCAUUGCGCUGGACGAGUCUUCGGUCAUCAAUACCUAUGAUCGCAUGUGGGUCAAAGCCGAUACGACUACAUUGGGAACCGCAAAGCAGGAAGCCGACGACAUUCUGGCCACCCCACCCACCGAACGUAAAGCGCUUGUACUUCCAACAAAGCCAAGCGAACAUUCAUCCGAGGCACUGUUAACGAAACUUCAGCACAUCCAUGUUCAGGACACCACACUCUGGACGCUUCUCGCUGUGGGAGCGGGGAUGGGCACCAUGGCCUUGCUGCUCACCAACAGCGAUUUCAUGCGGGAAUGGUUGACCUCCAUUUGA